CCCCUAAAUCCCAUCUAAACGAAAAGCUACCAAUCCCAAAGCAAAAACAGUAAAUUUUCCUUCUUUUCCUCCCUCCUUCCGUGCUUUCUUACACAGCUAUGGCUUUUUCUCCUUCUCCUUCUUCUCCCUCUUCAUCAAACAAGAGCACCCUCAGAGCCACCAUAGCAAUAGCCGAUGCCGCCUCGUCCUUGUGUGCUCUCUUCCUCAUAGCCCUAAUCCUGGUGGCCUCGAACAGAGAGAGCAACGACGCCAAUGGAAUAGGAACCGGCGAUCGCGGUGACGGCCAAUCGUAUAGCCUCAAGGGGAGCCAGUUCUUGGACCGGCCGUGCGACGAGAUAUAUGUGGUCGGCGAUGGAGAGACCCUCCACACCAUCAGCGACAAGUGCGGCGACCCGUUCAUCGUCGAGCGGAACCCGCAUAUCCACGACCCGGACGACGUCUUCCCGGGCUUGGUCAUCAAGAUAACCCCCACCAAGAAGGCGAGGAAGCUCUUGAUGAGAUGAGAGAGAGAAGGGGGGCGUGCAUGGUGUCCCCAGACAGAGCCAGAGUCUCUGUUUCUCUCCUCGAAUUUUGUGGUUUUGAUUAGGAUUUCUCUUCUUUUUUUGGGUGUUUUUAGUCUUACACGCGCGAUGCCGAAACGCAUAUGAGAGCUUGUAGUAGCUGGAAAGGGUAGAAUUUGAUCAGUUUCCGAGGAAAAGAUGGAGAGGAACUCCAUGAUAUGUGUACAUAAAAAGUAUAUAGUUGUGCUGCAAUAAUUCAUCAGCAGGGACUUCUACACCUCCUCGAAUGAUGAGACACGUAUACGUCUGAUGAUGACCUUUGCUAGUUUGUAUUCUUGAUCGUCCCCGCUAGUGUUUUUCUCUGUCAGAUGCACUCCCACCCCUCCCAUUUCUUCUCUUUGAUAAAAGGAAACAGAAAAUAGAGAAAUAUGUCUUGAAA